CGAACUUAAAACUUUUUCGUUAUCACCGUCAAAAUCAAAAUCAAAAUCCGGGACGAUAAUUCUCACGUUCUCUCCAUCACCUUCCCUCGAUCCAAACCAGAGCGAAGAGUGGGAACUACACGCGAAUCAUCAUCAUCAUCAUCUCUACGUAAUGUGAAUUUUGAAUUCGAGGAAGAAGGCGAAAUCGGAGCAUUGUUGGAUCGAUUUUUGAAGUUCGGAGAAAGAAAUGAUGGCGUCGGAUCCAAAACUCAAGGCUGAGAUCGGAGCCGAUGGUCUUGCAAGAGAAGCUCCUGUAAUUGCUUACACAGAGAAGAUAAUCGAAGAAGAGCAAGUUCAGUUGAGGAAAUAUAUUGAGGAGAACUAUACAAAGAUUAGGGAUGUUGAAAGGGAAUUUGGAAACCUUACAAUGGAAUUGAAACUUACUGCUGGACCUAAGAAAGCAGCAAUGGAACACUUGCGAAAGAAAAUCGAAGUCGCAACGGAAAAGAUCCAUGUUGCUAAGUUGAAAGAAGAAGAAGCUCGAAAGGCAUUUGAAGCAGCAUCAAAAGUUGUAAAGGAUGAAGAAGCAGCAAAACAGAGUCUUUGUGAUGAUUUAAACCGUCUGGUACAACAAAGCAGCAAUACGCAGUACGCCAGACUUGAGGAAUUAAAAAGAAGAUUAGAAGCGCUGAAUCCAAAUAGAUCAUCUACUUCUGUUCAGCAAGUCCAAGAACCGGAGACUAAAUCUGUAGUAGACAACUCACCAGCAGCCAAUGCUAAUCAGACUCACACGGAAAAACUAGAUGGGAAGGAGGAGGGAGGUAAAGAACAUGGACAGAGGCCAGCAACAGCUGAAGGAGAAUCAAAAGCGAAAAAGAAACCACAGAAUCAAGGAAAGGGAAGAGGAAUUGGAAUCAUGAACAAAGGCAGAGGAGGUUGGACAGGUGCUGGAUUCGAUGUCGAUGGUAGAACUUGAAAUACACAUAUCUAUUAUAAUACAUAUACCGAAAGCUGCCUUUUCAAAUCAGAAGUAUGUCAAAUAUUUUGUUACCAGGUACGUUCUAUUCAUCUUUUAACAUCGAUAAACCUGAACGUAGCCACAGAGACCCUCAUUCUGUCAUACACUUGUGUUACCGAAAAAAAAACCAUUCAAUCAUAUUUGGCUUUUCAUUGAUCAUCUUGUGUGUGUCUCUCCAAUUUUAUGCAAUGUGGUUGAUCUAAUAAUCUGAAAGCAGUUGGAUUUUGUUGUCUAAUAUGUUAAGAGUGUGGCUUGAUUGGUAAUGAUAUGGAGGACAAGUUUCAUA